AUGCAGAAAAAGAUAAAAGUGUCGGCGAGAAAGAGAGAGAGAGGAGUGAGCAAACAAAAGAGGCAACAACGGGUUUUGUUUUAAGAGUUUUAUAAAAAAAAAUUGGAGGAAAAAAAAAAAGUUAGUUAGAGGAAACCAUCGAUAUCCGGUGAGUCAAAGGGGACGAGCGAGUGUGUAGCCACCGGCUAUUGCGGGUAAAACGUAACGAACACGCCUCGACUCAAUUGCCUUGAAGGCUGCCUCCUACGUACGGCAAUGGCUCGAGAAUUAAAUGAACCAAGUCCCGUGCACAUUACGCACUUUUCUUCUUCAUAUAUUUAAAAAGCUUCCAAUUUUUUU